AAAGGUAAUGGCUCUGCUUAAUGAGUAUUAAUGAUACAUCAUAGACACUCCAUAUCCGUGCAUUUUAUGACUUGUAUUCCAGUUGAGUUUCGUAGCUGUUUCGAGCAUGAUCUGCAACGUUUUCAGUUAUCUGGCGCUCAGCCUUUACUUUACACUAACUUGGAUACUUUUUUCCAAUUAUUUGCCCUGCCUGGUAGAUUGUAUUCGGUUUUACACUUGGGAGGAGGAGUACUGUGAACCCCAUUCAUUCGAAACCACUAUGAUAUUGUUCGCUCUUUAUGGAAGCAGCGGAUUCUUUUGGGUAUCUGGCAAUUAUAAGGAAUUUCAUGUGCUGUAUAAUUGGCUGAUUGUCACUGCCCAUGUAAUUGUCCUAAUGUUUGGUUAUAUAGUUUAUGCACAACUCCUUAGUAAUAGUCUGACUUGGCAGGUGACGCUAAUAUGUUCUGGUGGGUAAACUAUUCUCAAGGUGGAAAUUAUUUACACUUACAUUAUCUCCAUACAUAUUUCCUUAGGAACUUUGGUGAGCAGCUUUAUAACAGUAAUAUUACACGUGCUAGUGUGCAAAGACAUCAUAAGGAAUCGUUGGAUCAAGAGCGCGUUAAAGGCCAUUACAGUUCCUGCUGGAUCAGCACAAAAUAAUCGACAUAAAAUAUAUGCCUAGGCACAGUGUAAAUCUCUGAUAUAUAACUAUAAAACAUAAAAUUCUUUUUUUUUCUGUUCUUGCAUAACUCUUUGCAAUUAAGUAAUUGUUGGUUUCGAUCGGUUCCUAAUUAUGCCAACCCAGCCCAUCCAUAUGCUGAAUUACCUGUCAAUUAAGUUAUUGGAUAAUGCAGAUACACUACAUAAUGAGAAGGUAGCAUUAAUAGGGAGGGAAGUUAGUAUGCCUUCGCCUUCUAGAAUAAAAACAUCGAGAAUGUGCCAGCCAAUGUGUUCCGUUUUAGCCUGUCUUUUAUUUUUGUUGAUUGG